CUGGGGGUUGUCAGUGUAUGAAAUGUAGGUCUAAGUGAGACCUACAUAGAGGUUUUUGGUUCAUGUCUCUACAACAUUCCUACUGGAAGUUACAGGCAGUUUUGUCUGAGUUUUCUUCCUAGGAGCAGUUGUGUCUGUGUUUUCUUCCUAGGGGGCGCUAGAGCGCAAUCUUGAGUUUUGGGGUUGGGUUUUUUUUAUUUAUUACUGUGUCCAGUUAGUAAUUACUAUUACUAACUGGACACACACAUUCCUGAUGUGUGUGUCCAGUUUGGUGAGUUUUGAAGCAUGUUAAGGGGGUCACAUUACAGCUCAAAGAGGCAAAAAUUACUGUUUUUACGAAACUUUUGUUUUGAAGGGGGAAUUGCCAACUUCCUGUUGAUUUUUGCUGAAGGAAGUCAAUGUAUGAAAUCUAGGUUUUUUCCUAGGGGGCGCUAGAGCGCAAUUUUGAGUUUUUUUUUUUUUUUUUUUAUUAGAUCGCAAUUUUCGCCAGUCCUAAUGUGUGUGUCAAAUUUGGUGAGUUUUGAAGCAUGUUGGGGGUCAAAUUACAGCUCAAAGAGACGGCGGAAUAAUAGUAAUAAAACCUUACAAUUACAAUAGGGUCCUCUGUCCCAAAGAGACAUUGCGGUCCCUAAAAAAGGUAAAAAAUAAAAAUAGAAAGUUGGAACAUAUAAUAGAAAAUUAAAAUAGAAAUAAAAACAUGAAAAACACUAGAUAAACACUAGAUAAAACAGAAACAUAGAUAAAAUAGAAAUAAAAAACAUGAAAGCACUGGCAUUUGCAUCGACGAAAGUAGGUUUCCACAUCAUGGCAAGUCAGCGGCCUCCUUCCAGCAUGGGUCGGCCAAUGAGCCGUGCAGGAUCAGCAGUCCCCGGAACCGGAAGACCAUUAACAGCUGUCCGACCUCCUCCUACAGCUAUACGCAUACCCACUGGGAUGGUUCCAGGUACAGGUGUUCAUCCUGGCAUGAGGGCGAGUAUUGCAACUCCUGGUGUCCUGUCAGCACAGAUCAAAGUGACUGAUAGGCCUGUGACCCAGCAGGGCCUCAGUGGGAUGAAGACUGGGUUGAAAGGACCCCAGAGACAGAUUUUGGACAAGUCUUAUUAUUUGGGUCUUCUCAGGAGUAAGAUCAAUGAGCUAACCACAGAGAUCAGCAAACUACACAAAGAGAUUGACACCUUCAAUCAAGAGAACUCAGUCUAUCUGUCCUAUGAAAAGAGAGCUGAAAGUCUGGCUGCAGAGAUCAGGGAUCUGCAGGGCCAGCUUGCUGAUUACAACAUGUUGAUGGACAAGCUCAACACUAACUCUGACAUGGAGGAAAUGAUCAACGACUACAACAACUUGAAGGGCCAGAAUGACAGAGAGGCUGAAAGCAUUGACAACAUCUUCAUUGAGAGAAGAGAGAGAGAGGAGGCCAUCAGAGCUGUUGAAGAGGAAAUCAAGAAGGAAAGGCGUGUUGCUGACGAGAUCAUCCAGUCCAUGCCAACAGCAAAGCAGGAGAAGUACUUCACCAUGACAACAGCCAAUGAGGAGCUGCUACAGGAGCUUUCGCUACUUCAAGAAGAACUAGAUGCUCUGGUCACCAGGAAGGAGGAAUACGAAGCGGAGCUGGCCCACUCGCAGAUUAAACAGGAAGUGGUUCGUCUCCACAAGACUUUGUCAACACUGGAGGCAAAGCGGGACACCAUGGAGGCCGAGCAAAAGAACUUCAGCACACCACAGGAGGAAAGAGAGAAACUAUUGAAACAGGUGAAAGAAGACAAUCAGGAAAUUGCCAGCAUGGACAGACAGCUUUUGGAGAUCAAGGACAGGACCGGUCAAAUAACAGAAGACAUCCAACAGUUGGAGCAGGACUCAGAGGAAGCUCAAGGGGAAUGUCAGCAGAAGUACAAGGAACUGAAGAGAAAAGAAGAAGAAAUUGAUGGCUUCUUGCACUCCUUUGAGGAGUUGAGGGGUCAGGAGCAGAACAAGAUGGCCCACAGCCAGGAAAAUAUUGUCUCUCUCUUAGAGCACUGCAGCAGGAACAUGUUGCGGCUCUGUCAGGUGGAUACAAUCACAGCCAGCGAGCUGAGGAACAUGCAGGACGUGCUGGUCAGCAAAGAGACAGAAGUGUCCCAAUCAGCGAGUACCGCCAGGGGACUGACCACCGAGUCCCAGCGUCUGCAGCAGGACCUGGACAAAGUGCAGCAGCUGGAGGGCAAGAUCACAGGGGAGCUAAACACCCUCAAGGAACAUGUCGGCCAGAUGGAGUCGGAGCUGCUUACCUAUAGCGACCUGGACACGCUGAGACACACGGCCGAGGACAGAAAGAAGAGAUUGCAAGAAGAGCGAAUCUCCCUUACACAACAUCGAGAUUCAUUCCGACAGCUGCUGGAGGAGAUGAACCACAAAUAUGAAGCACUGAAGACCAAGCUGGAGGAAAACGAGACGCAUGCGCAGCUGGCUAACCUGGAGAGGAAGUGGCAACAUCUGGAACAGAACAACUUUGUCAUGAAAGAAUUCAUCGCCUCAAAGUCUCAGGAAAGUGACUUUGCUUCAGUGGCCAAGAAUGUUUACCAGCAAGUGUCGGAUUACAACAAAUGUCUCAUAGACUCACUGCAGAACAUCAGAAGCUGAGUACACGAUUAAUAUUAAAACGUUUAAUCAAUACAUCAAUAAACAUGUUCAGUCAUAUUCGACCAACAGUAACUUUUUUCAGCCAGUCCUCAAUAAAAAACAAAGGAUGGAUAUAC